AGUAUCACACACCAAAACGCUGUCACUUGUCUCUCACCCUCACACACCUUCACCAGGCGCAAGCAAUGGCCGCCGCCGCCCGUCCUCUCGUCACAGUUCAAGUCCUAAAGUCUGAUAUGGCCACCCACGGCGGAAACGCCGUCCCUCUCCCCGAUGUUAUGAAAGCCUCCAUCCGUCCUGACAUCGUCACCUUUGUCCACUCCAACAUCUCCAAAAACAGCCGCCAGCCCUACGCCGUUAGUCGUCGCGCCGGUCACCAGACCUCCGCUGAGUCCUGGGGUACUGGCCGCGCUGUUUCCCGUAUCCCUCGUGUUCCAGGUGGUGGUACUCACCGUGCCGGCCAGGGUGCCUUCGGAAACAUGUGCCGUGGCGGUCGAAUGUUCGCCCCCACCAAGAUCUGGCGCCGCUGGCACCGCAAGAUUAACGUCAACCAGAAGCGCUAUGCCGUGGUCUCCGCGAUCGCCGCUUCGGCUAUCCCUUCUCUAGUCAUGGCUCGUGGCCACCGGAUCGAAUCGGUCCCUGAGCUUCCCCUGGUGAUCGGUGAUUCAGCCGAGAGCGUUGAGAAAACAUCGGCGGCGAUUGAUAUUCUGAAGCAGGUCGGUGCUUAUCCUGAUGCGGAGAAAGCAAAAGACAGCCACGCUAUUCGUCCCGGAAAGGGUAAGAUGAGGAACCGCCGAUACAUUUCUAGGAAGGGCCCCUUGAUCGUCUAUGGCACCGAGGGUGCAAAGCUCGUCAAGGCUUUCCGGAACAUUCCGGGGGUUGAGGUCGCUAAUGUAGACAGACUUAAUCUUUUGAAACUCGCUCCCGGUGGCCAUCUUGGAAGGUUCGUGAUUUGGACCAAAUCAGCAUUCGAGAAAUUGGAUUCAAUCUACGGAUCCUUCGAAAAAACUUCGGAGAAGAAGAAUGGGUACUUGUUGCCCCGUUCAAAAAUGGUUAAUGCUGAUUUGGCUAGGAUUAUCAACUCCGACGAGGUUCAGUCGGUGGUGAGGCCGAUCAAAAAGGAGGUGAAGAGGGCACCGAUGAAGAAGAACCCGCUCAAGAACUUGAAUACUAUGCUGAAGUUGAAUCCGUAUGCAAAGACUGCAAGAAGGAUGGCGCUUCUAGCUGAGGCACAACGGGUCAAGGCUAAGCAGGAGAAACUUGACAAGAAGAGGAAACAAAUUCCGAAGGAGGAGGUCGCAGCCAUCAGGGCUGCAGGCAAGGCUUGGUACCAGACAAUGAUCUCCGACAGCGAUUACACUGAAUUUGACAACUUCUCAAAGUGGCUUGGCGUCUCCCAGUGAUUUUGCCCUCUGUUUUUAAUACCCUUGAGACCUUUAUUUUGUUAAUUGUUUUUCCUCUAUUCGCGGUUUUUGAGUUUAUGGAUGAGAUUAGGUGGGAGAGGAAUGGCUGGAACAAAAGACGAACCCUUGGCCUUUCACUUCCCUUUUUAUUUACUUUCCCAGUUAGGUGGGUAAAUCUUUUAGUUGAAACAGAACUGGAGUUAAAAUAUUUUAGAAGUAUCUGGUUUAUGCCUUAUGUUUGGACGUCAGACUUCUACAUUGGUAACCUUACAACAUUUUGUUUGAAUCCAUAAUGCCUUUUUUUGGUGCUUUAC